GUUGACUCGCAUUCAAUGUACGACUCAUUCAUACAUUGAUUUGGUUUGCAAUCAAAACAUAAAUAAUAUUCAUUGGUAUCAAUGAAAACAGUCGUGAGUCUCAUUUGAGUAUCAUUUGAGUGUCAUUUGAAUGCAUACGAAGUUUUCAUUGCAAUUCUCGCCCAAAACCACUGUCACUGUCAACCCAUACAACAGUCUAUUGUUUUGAUUAUCCAAACGAAUAGCGAUUGCUAUGAAAAGCGAGUCAUUGGUUGACAAUCAGAGUAUGGAUUCGUGUGAGACAUCCAUUCAAUGCAUACCAUCUGAAGGGACGGACAUUAUGUGUCAAAUGAAUGGCAACUCAUUGGCAGCACAAUCACCACCACUGGAUCCACAAACGGAUGGCACAGUGAAGCCCAUAAGAGUGGAGGCCAACAGUUGGACAAUAGAGAGCCAAACGAUGUCUUCAGCGAACGGUUCCGUAUCCGUUGAACAACAAACUCAAACCGAUCUCAUCGACGACUGUCCGCAACUCAAUGGCAGCCCAACCAUAACCUUGGGAUCCGCCACACAAUCACUCAUUCAGAGCAACACUGCUGUCAAUAACAAUACCAUUAAUGCAAACACUUCUCCAAACAAUAGUUCACUAAAUAAUAACAAUUUAGUUAAUAAUAAAAGUAAUUGUAUUACGAAUACAAUUAGUAGUAAUCAUAGCGUGAGUACGUCGACGACAACCACUCCCACCGCACCCCUUGUGGCCAACAAUGCCAUGGAUUUGCCAAAGACUACCACAAACACCAAUCAGACAAAUACGGCCACCAAUGCCGCUCUCAAUCAACCAAAACGUCUUCACGUCUCUAAUAUUCCCUUUCGCUUCAGAGAUCCCGACUUACGACAACUGUUUGGGCAAUUCGGACCCAUUCUUGACGUCGAGAUUAUAUUCAACGAAAGAGGAUCUAAGGGUUUCGGUUUUGUGACGUUUGCCGCCAGUGGUGACGCGGACAGAGCUCGCGAACAAUUGAAUGGGACGGUAGUAGAGGGCCGUAAGAUUGAGGUGAACAAUGCCACCGCCAGGGUUCAGACAAAGAAACCCACGCCCACUGCCAUCAUCACCAACGUGGCCGCCUUGAGGGGCGUAGCGAUACAAAGAGGCACUCGGGUCGCACGGGCCCAGACACUGGCCGCAGCAUUUGCAAGACACCCAAAUCCACUAACUCAAGCAGCCGCUGCCACCACCUUGCAUGGUUAUGCUGCCACCCCCCUCAUUGCCAGGAGUGCGGUAUAUCAGGACCCGUUCCUAACUUACGCCGCCGCUGCCGGUACUGAUCGCUACCAAUUGCCGGCCAGUUAUGCGGCCAGUGCUGCCUAUACAGCGGCAGCCGCCCGAUCCUAUGCCGCCGCAGCAGCCGCUGCACAGGCCAACCCUGCCGUUGCCUACGCUGGAGUGGCCGGAAACUGA